GGUGGCUAAACACUCGGUAUAAGUCCAUCUCUAAUUGAAUAAUAGAACUGUUUGUAGUUUGCAAUUGAUUUACUAAAAUUUACUUGAAAGAACAUCAAAAUGUCGAACAAAAUUCAAGUCUCGCUUCCCGAGGAGGAACUAGACUGGAUACAAUUGCGCCAGGAUCUGGGGCCUGUUGUCGAAAUGGAAACGACAAAGGAGAAGCUUCAGCGGAAGAUUAAAGAGAACCCGCUGGUUCCAUUGGGAUGUUUGGCCACCACAGCAGCUCUAACCGCCGGUUUGUACAACUUUCGUACUGGCAAUCGUAAGAUGUCUCAGUUGAUGAUGCGGACUCGAAUCGCCGCCCAGGGAUUCACCGUUUUGGCUCUGGUUGUCGGCGUCGUCAUGACUUACACCGAUAAAAAAUAACUGUCGAUAAUCAUAUGGAUCCAAAAUAUAUAGGCUGAAUUUAAUUUCAGUUUCUGUUUUAGAAUGCUGUUACAAAAGCUACCAUCUAGCUACUAGCUUAUAUAAAUAUACGUUAACUCUCAUAUGUAGAUGGUAUUUGAAAGAUACCUAAAAAGAAAAUCAUAUUUUUAUAACGUUUUAUCUUGUGAUAUGAUAUUUGGGCUGUUUAUAGCUUAACCUUAAGGGGUUACUUAAAAAGACAGUUUAUGCUGUGAUUAAAUAAGAGUCUUUAAUAAAUUACACAUAUUUAAAGAA